AUGGAAACGAAUUUGAAACUUGAAAAACACGACAUUUCUGCACCCGUCCUGGCCCCUUCAUACAGGGCCCUCACACAGACUCCAGAGGUUGCGAGAGCUUGCAGUCUCCAAAGUGAGGUCCAAGGACCCCAGUGCUUGACAAUGCCUGUCUGCAGUUCGGCCGUUCUGCUCCAGCCUGAGCCCACCGGUGCCAUGGCAGCCUCGGACUCGAGCUCGUCGUCCUCUGAGGACGAGGCAGCAGUUGAGCCGCCGCCUGCAAGACCAGAGUGGUUGACGGAGGAAGAUGACAAUGCUCGCAGUAUGGUGUACUUGGUGACGUUUGCAGCUGUGCUUGAAGCAACAGCCCUGCAGGCAGAGACACCGCUGAAGAGCCUGGAAGGGCUGGAGCGUGCAGACAUUCGGGACGCAGUGCUCGACGCGGUGCAGCAUCCUGCUGAGGACACCAACCGGCGUGGCAGAGGUCGUCCUCGGACGCAAGCGCUUGAGGCUGUGAAGCUUGUGGUGUUUUUGGAGGAGCCAAGACACUUCCAUGUGGCGCUCAAGCUGACUUGCCUCAGCCGCUUCUUGCCGUUGAAGGCGGCCCUGCGACGCCGUUCUGGUCUAGCGUCUCACUGGAGCACAUCCCACACACAAUGGUGGAGCGUGGUGCGCUACGGCGUCUUUACGACUGACCACAAGCAGGCCGUUGACCUCACUCCCUUGGUCUGGCUGAAGGCAGCAGGUGCACUGGAGGGCGUGCAAGUUGGCCAUGGGCCAUGCCAUGAGUACGUAGUGCCAGGCAGCAGCAACAUCGUCCUGAACCUUUAUGAGGAGGCGCAAGAGCCCUUCAAUGCCAGCGCUUGGGUGAAGCGGCGCCAGAAGGCAGAGGUCCUGGCCAGCGCCCCUGGUCCAGGUAACAAGAAGAAGGCCAAGGUGGAGAAGUUCACCCCUCUAGACUUCACUGCCAUGGUCCUCGAGAAGAACCUCUUGACGCCCAACGCCGUCCUCGCGUAUGUGCAGGACCAUGGGUCGCACGCGUGCCAGCUCUACUGCAUGCGAAAUCAGAAGCGCCUCCCUGACCUCAUUGAGGGCGCGCUGCAGUGGCGGGACGCGAAGAAGCUGCAUGCUGUAGAGCAAGAGACAGACUGGGACCUGCUACAGCGUCUGGCAGGUACUAGCUGCGCUUGCUCUGGACCGUGCUUGUGGUGGAUGGCAAUGUCCGAUUUCUUUCGCAGGAAUCAGGCGACAGUGGAUGGGGAGCUAUUGGCUGCUGCCUUGGCUCAGGUCAUAUGCCACGGCCCAAGCAAGACUCGCCGGGUGCCCCUUAUAGCAGGGGUCACCAAUGCCGGCAAGAGCUUGGUGCUGGACCCUCUGGUCAACGUCUUUGGUCGCAAGGCUGUGGACUUCUGUCCGGCGCAAGGUGCCAGUAUGGCGCUGAGCUCCUUAGCAACUAGCAAGGGCGUGCGCUUCAUUUAUUGGGACGAGUUCAGCCCAACAGAGUUCGCGUCGCGGCCUCCACGCUCGCCCACAGUGUCUGCAGUCACCUUCAAGAAGCUUUUUGCUGGUCAGGUGUUGCGGGUUCAAGUCUCCCAGGCUCACCAUGACGGCAAUCCUGACUUCCGAUGGACCCGUGGAGCGGCCUUGACUGCCCCACUGGAUGGUCUCUGGGAAGUCACGCAACCUGUGACGCGCGAGGAUGUCAAGCACAUGCAGUCACGGGUUAUCCAAUUUGAUGCGCAUGUCGCUGUGGCUGGGCCCUUGCAGCCAAUACCUCACUGCGCCGCAAGUUGGUGCAGGUUUAUCGUGCAGGGCUCUGCGGCGUAUGCGUCCAGGCUGUCGAGGGGUGUCGCUGCAGAGCCGGCGCCGGGACUCCCCAUUGAGGAUGAUGAUCUGUAA